AUGGCUCGCUGCAUCCUUCUCCUCAUUUCGGGUCUGUGGCUAUCGAUUGCCUCCGGACAGGAUCUCUCGGGGGCAGAUUACUGUUGGGGUCUGCUUACCGUCGAGUCAAUAUGCGAAGUGCAAACUUCCAGUUUCUACGAACUACCAGCAUCAGAGAAAGCAAUCUGCUUCUGCGGAUCAACUCUAGACGUUGGGACUGAGACUUUUGCCUGGGGACCGUCCUUUUACGACGACCUUGCGCAAGGUUGUUACUCAUAUGCGGUUACCGCUAUUCCGGAUCUUGCCACUUCUGCAUCCAGACUUCAGACUUUCUGUGCUCAGUAUGCGACUACGACACACACACUAGUCGGGAACUCAUUGGAGUCGAAUACGCUUCUGACACCAGCACCUAGUGCAUAUAUCGAAUAUGGUAACCGCAACCAGCCCAACCGCUACAGCCACUAUGCGGAGCACAACACGUUCUGCUCUCUCGACCAGUACAUCAGCUCCAACUCAGUUGCCAGCUUCCGAAGCAUCCAACUCCAACUGCUUCUCGGUAAAAUCUCCUGGAUUUGGAACUAA